GUAGUAGACAAUACCAAUCUCCAGAUUUUUGUGCGCCGGCAUCGCACGUGAACGUGUCGCAAAAUCUCAAUAUAUUAGUGAAAUCACCAUGACGGACGAAUAUUUCUAUGGUGCUACCCUUUCGGCGUCACAUCAGUCCGAGACAUGGGACCCGGAGGCGAAAGCGGAGUACCCCCGCAGCAACAAACUUCUCAUCCGCCAGGCAUUAUUAGGACCAGACGCGAAGGCAGAUGAAUUAAAUGUUGUUCAGGUAGAGACGAUGUCACUACAGGACUCUGUGAAGAUACCGGUAGCUGUGUUGAAGGCCGGCGAGACGAGGCACGCGCGCCUCGACAUUGAAUUCCCAGAUGCACCAGUUACAUUCACACUCAUACAGGGUUCAGGACCAGUCCACUUGAUUGGUCAGCACCUCCUCGGGGCACUUGUUGAUGAAUUUGAAGAAAUGGAGGAAAUGGAAGAGGAGAUGUUAGACGAAGAGGAAGGCGAUGACUCGCAAUUUAAGGAUGAUGAGAAUAAAAGAAAAUCGUCAGCAGCCAAGCGCAAGACGAAUGAGGAUGAAGACGACGAGGAUGGUGAACCCAAGGGCAAAAAGGCGAAAAUAUCAAACAACGCCAAAGGCAAAGCUUCAUCGCCCAAGAAGAACGCCAAGAAGUGAAGUGUCGACGUCGCCAGUGCGAGUCCAGCCGCUCGCCGUCCGCCGUCCUCCGCCCUCUGUCUCCACUCAUAUAGACCAAUUCCAUUUAAGACUGACUACAUGCUCCAUGGCUAAAUUUGUAGGUAUUUUGUACCUAGUGUAAUUUGGAAGUUGGUUUGUUAUGAAUUGGGGACCUAGGAUUAGAAUACCCUGGUCGGUAACACUCGCAGCGGACGACGGCCGGCGAGCGGACAGCGUGGACUUGGCGCAUCUCAUAGUUGUAACUGCAUAGUGUGGUAAAUCAGUCUAGGUUAGCCUUGUAUCGAUUGUGUGAUUGCGAGAGUGGACGCGCGAGUAUAUGUUCGUCGUGAUAGUUACUUACCGGUCGAGGUGUCUACGAACUAAUCGAUCCGAGCCUGUGUGGUUACCGCAGGUCGAGAGUGAUCUUUCACAGGUUUUUUUCUAUACAUUUUUUUUCCAUUCCUUACUGUGGUAUAGUGUUAUGGAUGUCAAAUUUAAUAUUACUAUAGUCUUAAAUUCACACAGACGUAUUCUUAAGUUAAGACAUAAUUAAGCAUAAUCAAUGUAAGAAAUUGUAUUGAGUAGGGCCGGUCGGCGUAAUUGAAUUUGGUAACUAUUUGAACGAUUUCUCAUUUCAGAAUGAUAACUGAUGAUCUAUUAUAGUUUGUUUGUACAUAUACAUAUAAAAACAUAAGAACGGUAACAAUAAAACAUUUCUAAACAUUA